AUGAUUAAAGCCCUCUUCUGGAAUGUUAGGGGCGUGGAUAAUGCCCUUACCAUAGCUCGGUUGAGGAAGUUGAAGCAGAUGCAUAAGAUCUCUUUGUUAGCUUUGUGCGAACCGAAGGUGGGUCGCGUGCGUCUUGAUAUUAUUUGUCAAAAGUUAGGUUUCCCCCAGGCUAUCUCUAAUGCGGAGAGCAGGUUGUUGGUGAUGUUUGACCAUGAUUUCAGUUGCGACUUGUUGGCUGCCUCGUCUCAGUUUUUGGCGCUGCGGGUGACUCACUCCGCCUUACGGAGUUCCUUUGUUGCGGUUUUUGUUCAUGCCUCGUGUGUUUCCCAAGAGCGUGAGGUGCUCUGGCGUCAGUUGGUGGGGGUCUGCCCACGAGGGGGACCGGUGAUAGUUCUAGGAGAUUUCAAUGUUAUUACUGGUGCCAAUGAAAAGAAAGGGGGGCGUCCUUUUUGUGCGAGGGAGUCGGACUCCUUCCUAGGCUUAAUUGAGGAUGCUGAUUUGGCAGACUUGGGGUUCACUGGAUCCUAG